CGGCCGCCCAGUCGGAGCCGCUUUCUGCCUUGCCGGCCUGAGAACAGGAGCAUCCUCUCCUCCUCCUUCUCCUUCUUUUUCUCCUUCUUUUCUUCCUCCCUUUGGUGCUCCAGGGCCCGGAUCCAGCGCAAGGAUGGACGCCAUCAAGAAGAAGAUGCAGAUGCUGAAGCUGGACAAGGAGAACGCCCUGGACCGGGCCGAGCAGGCCGAGGCCGACAAGAAGGCCGCCGAGGACCGCAGCAAACAGCUGGAGGAUGAGCUGGUGUCCCUCCAGAAGAAGCUCAAAGGGACGGAGGACGAGCUCGACAAGUAUUCCGAGUCCCUCAAGGAUGCCCAGGAGAAGCUGGAGCUGGCCGAGAAGAAGGCCACCGACGCGGAGAGCGACGUGGCCUCUCUGAACCGGCGGAUCCAGCUGGUGGAGGAGGAGCUGGACCGGGCCCAGGAGCGCCUGGCCACCGCCCUGCAGAAGCUGGAGGAGGCCGAGAAGGCCGCCGACGAGAGCGAGAGAGGGAUGAAGGUGAUUGAGAGCCGGGCCCUGAAGGACGAGGAGAAGAUGGAGAUCCAGGAGAUCCAGCUCAAGGAGGCCAAGCACAUCGCAGAGGAUGCCGACCGCAAGUAUGAGGAGGUGGCCCGUAAACUGGUGAUCAUUGAGAGCGACCUGGAGCGUGCGGAAGAGCGGGCCGAGCUGUCGGAAAGCCAGGUCCGGCAGCUGGAGGAGCAGCUCCGCCUCGUCGACCAAACCCUGAAGGCGCUCCUGGCGGCCGAGGAGAAGUACUCCCAAAAGGAAGACAAGUAUGAAGAGGAAAUCAAAGUCCUGACCGACAAACUGAAAGAGGCUGAGACCCGGGCUGAGUUUGCGGAGCGGUCAGUGACCAAGCUGGAGAAGAGCAUCGACGACCUGGAAGACGAACUGUAUGCGCAGAAACUCAAGUACAAAGCCAUCAGCGAGGAGCUGGACCACGCCCUCAACGACAUGACCUCCAUAGAAAGUGGCGCACGCCAAGGAGGAGAACCUCAACAUGCACCAGAUGCUGGACCAAACUUUACUGGAGUUGAACAACAUGUGAAAACACCAAAACACACACAAACCCAACCAAAAUUCGCAUUCGCUCUCUCACUUUGCCACGGAUCGGUUUGUUUUACCACCCGCUUGCCAUGGGAUAUUUUCCCCUUGAAAACAAAAACAAAUUCAUAUAUUUUUAAAUGUUAUUAUUAGUAUUUUUCUCUCCACUUUUCGGCACAGGAACGGGACACAAAAACGGGGCAAAUUGGGGAAAAUAAUACAUAUCCAGGUGGUGCGUUUUGUGCCGAAUUUCCAAAAUGAAACUGGAUCUAUUCCUGCAAAACCGAUCAAUUAUUGGAAAGACAGGGAGGCAUUGGUUAUUGAUAGGCUAAAAUAUUUUUUAAAAGAUAAUUUGCAUUCAUUCAAUUGCGGAUGGAAAGGACUUUUCGCCUGUAUAUGCAGCAAUGAUCAAUUAUUGCAAUUGGUUCUUGAUCAGCAAUAUAUAUAUAUAUAUUUACACGGUCUAUUAAUUCAGCAAUGAUCAAUUAUUGCAAUUGGUUCUUGAUCGGCAAAAAAUAUAUAUAUUUACACGGUCUAUUAAUUCAGCAAUGAUCAAUUAUUGCAAUUGGUUCUUGAUCGGCAAAAAUUAUAUAUAUUUACACGGUCUAUUCAGCAAUGAUCAAUUAUUGCAAUUGGUUUUUGACCGGCAAAAAUUAUAUAUAUUUACAUGGUCUAUUAAUUCAGCAAUGAUCAAUUAUUGCAAUUGGUUCUUGAUCGGCAAAAAUAUAUGUAUUUACACCAUCUAUUCAUUCAAAUCCUUGUUGCGGAUGGAAAGGACUUUUUGCCUGUAUAUGCAGCAAUGAUCAAUUACUGCAAUUGGUUAUUGAUCGGCAAUAUAUAUUUACAUGGUCUAUUCAGCAAUGAUUAAUUAUUGCAAUUGAUUCCUGAUCGGUAAAUAUAUAUAUAUUUACACCAUUUAUUAAUUCAAAUCCUUGUUGCGGAUGGAAAGGACUUUUCACCUGUAUAUGCAGCAAUGAUCAAUUAUUGGAAUUGGUUAUUGAUAGGCAAAUAUAUAUAUAUAUUUGCAUGGUCUAUUAAUUCAAAUCUUUGUUGCGGAUGGAGAGGACCUUUCAUCUAUAUAUGAAGCAAAGAUCAAUCAUUGGAAUUUGAUAGCUUUUUCAACUUGUAUAGGAAGCAAAGAUCAAUUAUUGGAAUUGGUUAUCAAUUUGCAUGGGGUAUUAAUUGGUUAUAUAUUUGCAUGGAGUAUUAAUUCAAAUGCAGGUGGAGAGGAUCUGUUGCCCAUAUAUGAAGCAGGGAUCAAUAACAAUUGGAACUGAAAAUGCCUUUCACUUGUUUAUAUGGAGCAAUGAUCAAUUAUUGCAAUUGGGUAUUGAUUGGCAAUAUAGCAGAGAUCAAUAAUUGGGAUUGCAUAUACCUUUUAUCAAGCAAUGAUCAAUUAUUGGGUAUUGAUUGGCUAAUAUUUGCAUCGUCUAUUAAUUCAAAUGCAGGUGGAGAGGAUUUUUUUUCCCAAUGAUCAAUUAUUGGGUAUUGAUUGGCUAAUAUUUGCAUGGUCUAUUAAUUCAAAUGCAGGUGGAAAGAAUCUCUUGCCCAAUGAUCAAUUAUUGGGUAUUGAUUGGCUAAUAUUUGCAUGGUCUUAUUAAUUGAAAUCCACAGAGGACUUGGCACGUAUAUAUGAAGCAAAGAUCAAUAAUUAUUGGAAUUGGGCGUCCUUUUCAGGGAUCAAUUAUUGGAAAACCAGGGAGGAAUUGAUCAUUAUUGAUCGGCUAUAUAUAUAUAUAUAUUUACAUGGUUAUUAAUAUUGCAGAUGGAGAGGUCUUUUCACAUGCCUAUGAAGCAAAAAUUGAUUAUUGGAAUUGGUUAUUGAUCGGCAAAAAAAGAAGAGCUAUUUGCAUGGUGUGUUUAAGAUCAGUUAUUGGAAAUCCAGGGAGGAAUGGAGUAUUGAUCGGCAUAGAUUGCAAAUAAUAAAAUACAUGUAUAUAUAUCUGUUCAUUCCCACCAUUCAAUCGGUUGGUCCCGUUCAAUACUUUGCAUUUUGGGGAUUAUUAUUGAUUUCUCUUGGCCUUGCCCCCAAUACAACGAGCCUUGCACCCCACAUUUUAAAUAUAUAUAAUUUCCUAACAAUGAAUUAUUCUGAUUCCACGGAUGGAUCCCGGCUGUUUUGCCUGAAGCCGAAAGAAAGGGAACCCCUUCGAUUCGGAGAUUUGCCACUUGUUUUGUUCGCCACACUUUUAUUAUUGUUGUUGUUGUUGUUAUUGUUUUUCCUUCUCUGUAUGUCAACGUUGUAUAAUUGAUAACGGAAUUAAAAAAAACACGCACUUGAGAACAUUUUUAUAAAAAAAACAAAAAACAAA